CUUUUUCUCACAGGAAAUCCUUCUCUUUCAAAAAGGGCAACUUCAACAUUUUAUCUUGUUGAGUUCAAAUGAUGCAGAGGCACUAUCUACUGUAUAUCUGAUGUGUGAAUCAGUUGUAUACUGAGGUUAAAUCUCAAGAAUAGGCAUAUUUUAUGUAAUUUUCAUCUAAAUUUGAUGACGCAGAUAACGAGUAUUUUGAUGGAUUGAUCCAUCGGUUUUUACCUAGACUUAUGUGCCCUGAUAUUCUCUAUCCAACGGUGAAAACCGCAGCUCUCUAUGACUUUCCCUUCAAAAGUUAUAAGAAUUCUGCCCAAGCGACUUAUUUUCAGAAAUGGAUAAUAGACUAUGAUUAGGAAAGUGUACGAAAUAAACUUCUUAGAAUUACAAACUUUUGCUCCUACAAAAUACAGGCUAAGUUUAUUCCACAAAUUUCUAGAUUGUGUGUAUCAUUCCUACAAUCUAGUUUUUUUUUUUGGGGAGUAUAGAAUUAAAUUCAUUACGAUUAAAUCUUUUCUUGCCAAAAGAAAUCUUCACUAAAGUGUUGUCUCAUUUGACUAAAAGCACUCGAUUAGAAGUAUCGUUAAAGAAAUCUAAGUGCUUCUCUUAAAAGAAAAUUUGUCUAAAAUGAACACAAAAACGUUUUAAUUGUUUUUAUUUUAAGGUUAUCUUCGUUUAACAAAUUCUUUAAUUGGUUUAUCUCAAUCAUCAUAUUGGCUUCCAAUACGUUUAACACGUUAUCGUGCUCAUCCUCCACAUACAUUUAUUCAUAUACAUAUAUCAAUUCGACAAGAAAAUUUUUAUUUACCACAAUGUAUUGAUAUAUAUCAAAAUGUAAAAGCAUAUGAUUAUUCAAUUGAAUAUCCAUUUGCACGUAUUGAAGCAAAAUCUUUAAAUAAAAAUUCUUUUAUUGAAUAUACAAUUAAUGAUAAUGAUAAAAAUGAUAAAAUAUUUUCAAUUGAUAAACAAAAAGGUUUUAUACAAUUAUUAUCAACAAUACAAAAUAAUCGUCGAUUAAAAUCAAAUUAUUUUUUAACAAUAAAUGCAUCAGAUAAUCAAUAUAAACUUUCAACUAAUUGUUAUUUAAAAAUACAUCUUAUACGACGACAUCAAUUAAUACCGAAAUUUAUUUAUUCAUCAAUUUAUAAUAUUGAUUUACCUGAAAUUCAAUAUCAUAGUGGACGUUUAAGACAACGUUUAUUUCAAAUAAUUGCAUUAUUAGAUAAUCAAGUUUAUGAUAAAAAACUUGAAGUACGUUAUAGAAUUGUUGAUUCAAAUCAACAUUUUAUUAUUAAUCGUCAAACGGGAUAUAUUGCUGCAAAACAACCAUUAAAUCCUUAUACAAUAUAUGAAUUUCAUGUAAGAUAUUUUUAUUUUCUUUUUCUCAAAUUAAACUAUAAACAAAACAUAAUAAUAUGAAAAAUGUAAUCUAAGUUAUGUUAACCUUAAUAAUGAUAACCACUUGGGAUCUGUACGAACUUCCAGUAAAUAAUAUAAACAUAACAUACACAGUUGUUAUUAGUUUAUGUGAAGACUUAAUUGUACAAGAACAACAAUUAGUUUAAACUAUAUUUUCUUAAUUCACUAUUUCUUUUUAUUUCAUGAUCGUAUCAUUUUCUAUUUUCGAGAACGUUUGAAAUCAUGCAGCAGUAUUCACAUAUCUAUAUUGAAGUACUUUACAUAAGAAGAACAAUUGCAUAUAAUUGACUGAUGCUAUCAAUGUACUCUACUAAGUACUCUCAGUACAUACUUAAAUAGACAUAGUUCGAUUAAAUCUUAUGAAUGCAUAAUAUAAUAAUGAGUCUCACUUGAGUGCAGGCGAAACUCUCGGAUAGUCAACAAGCAUUCAUAUGUACUUCCGAGAUGAUCUAUUGACAUCAAUACUAGUUCGAAGUCACUAGAAGAUAAAUUAUUUUAUCUAAUAUUGUAUACUGAUGAAUGUGGAUGAAGUACGUACGGGUUCUAUAUGAUAGUGUCAGAAUACUAUGUAUAUAUAUUGUUCUUAAGUAAAAGAAUGAAUAUGUAUUAUUUAUAUGUAUAUUCUACGUUAAAAUAAACAAUGAAUAUAAAAUAAAUCACAUAAGAUAUAAUACAUUUUUAAUAUAAGAUUAGGGCAUUACUACUGUUUUUAUCGUGGAGACGAAUAAAUCUUACGUUUUCAUUAAAUUUGAAUUAAAAGAUUCUCUCAUCAGUGAAGUAUUCUAAACAUUGAAGCAUUUUUGCAUAUGUUGCUCUGCAUAAUAUCCGUGUUAGUGAUUAUUUGAGAAGAUGAAUUAAUUCAAAUUUAAUGAAAACGUAAGAUUUAUUCGUCUCCAUGAUAAAAACAG